CGUGAUCGCACAUGCACCCAGGCUGUCGACCAGUCAAGAUGUCUGCUGUAGUUCAGCGUCUGUUGAAAGCCCGAACUGUGUUCAACGCUCUGAAACAACACAGAGCAUGCAUGUCAGCGGCACCAGACCCCAUCAGACAACCGGAUAUUAAAUAUGCUAAGCUGUUCAUUAACAAUGAGUUUGUGGAUGCGGCCAGUGGGAGAACCUUCCAGACCAUCAACCCAGCCACAGGAGAGGCCAUUUGUGACGUUGCUGAGGGGGACAAGGCUGAUGUGGAUAGAGCAGUAAAUGCAGCAAGGGAGGCGUUUCGUCUCGGUUCCCCCUGGCGACGACUGGAUGCAUCAGAAAGAGGACGCUUGUUGAACCGUCUUGCCGAUCUCAUCGAGAGAGAUGCUGGAUACAUCGCGUCCCUGGAGACGCUCGACAACGGAAAGCCGUACCAAGUGGCCUUUGCAGCUGACCUUCAGCUUGUACAGAAGUGCUACAGGUACUAUGCAGGAUGGGCCAACAAGUACCACGGGAAAACUAUUCCUAUUGAUGGUGAUUUCUUCACCUACACCCGGCAUGAGCCUGUUGGAGUUUGUGGGCAGAUCAUUCCGUGGAACUUCCCACUGUUGAUGCAGGCCUGGAAGCUGGGCCCGGCACUGGCGAUGGGCAACGUUGUGGUGAUGAAGACAGCUGAGCAGACCCCUCUAUCAGCACUGUAUGUGGCUCAGCUGGCUAAAGAGGCGGGCUUCCCUCCGGGGGUGAUCAACAUUGUCUCUGGGUUUGGUCCGACUGCGGGAGCAGCCAUUGCAGAGCACAUGGAUGUUGACAAAGUUGCCUUCACUGGGUCUACAGAGGUUGGGAAACUGAUCCCACAGAUGGCGGGACGCUCCAACCUGAAGAGAGUGACCCUCGAACUUGGCGGCAAGUCUCCAAACAUCAUCCUAGCUGAUGCUAAUAUGGCAGAGGCAGUCGAGCAGGCCCACUUCAGCCUUUUCUUCAACCAGGGUCAGUGCUGCUGUGCAGGGACAAGGACGUUUGUGGAAGAGAAGGUGUACGAUGAGUUCGUGGAACGCAGUGUGGAGCGGGCCAAAAACAGAACUGUUGGCAACCCCUUCGAUAAUGUGGAACAGGGACCUCAGGUGGAUGAGGAGCAGAUGGGGAAGAUUCUGAGUCUGAUCGACAGCGGAAGGAAGGAGGGAGCCACACUGUGUGUCGGGGGCAACCGGGUCGGAGAUCGGGGCUACUUCGUGGAGCCAACCGUCUUCAAGGAUGUGAAGGACAACAUGAAAAUAGCCAGGGAAGAGAUCUUCGGACCAGUGAUGCAGAUCCUGAAGUUCAAGAACGUGGAUGAGCUGAUCGAGCGUGCCAACGACUCGGAGUAUGGUCUGGCUGCUGGUGUCAUGUCCCAGGACAUCGACCGGGUCAUGUACAUCGCCAACAGUCUGAGAGCUGGAACUGUGUGGGUCAACUGCUUUGACGUGUUUGAUGCUGGGGCACCGUUUGGUGGGUACAAGAUGUCCGGCAAUGGCCGUGAACUCGGGGAAUACAGUCUUGAACUCUACACGGAGGUGAAAACAGUCACCAUGAAACUGCUGCAGAAGAACUCCUAAAGGUCUGAGAUGAAGCCGAGUACCUCAACUGAACCAUUAACACAGCACCAUUAAUUUGUAGAAUGGAAUAUGCAGGACAUUGUUACAGAGCAUCUCACCUUACACCACAGGGGUUCAAGUUGAAAUCAUUUCACUAUCAUUACAAUAUAUUUUGUAUUGUCAUUUAACUGAAUAUCAAAUGCAUGGUAUUUCUUUUGUGAAAAAUAUAUUUGUUACUGGGUAUUUUUGCCUGAUUUAGCGAAGGCCUGUAGUCUUGAUGGUCUUCUUGUUAAAACAGUUUCAGAUGUACAGUGAAUCUUUGAUAACAGUUUUGCUCGUAUCGUAUCUUGCAUUUAUGUUACUAAUCAUGUGAUGUCUUCAAUUUCUUUUUGACACUGGUGAGGAUCCAAGGAAGUCCCAGAUUUAUGAUAUACAUGUAUGUUAUGUUAUGUUAUGUUAUGCGACACAAGGAUAAGACUGUGUUGAGAGAGAGCAUUCAGUAUUCACAUGUCACUGUCCACAGAUACCGGACCAGUAACUGAUAUCAUGGUUUGAGAAAAUCUAGACAUCAAGAAACUUGAAGGGUGAAGUUUUGGGGGGGGGGUCGGUUCAGGUAUUUUAUGCAGUAAUCAGGUACUGGUUUAGUGGUCUACAGUGUAAUGUGAUAGCCUCAGGUAGUGCUACCUUAAUUAAUGGUUCUAUACUUUUUUUACCAUAUUGUUAAUAAAUGAAACAUUGCUGCAAUGUGUUCACUGUAUAUGCAAUAAAAUCUAAUACUUAUCUUACAAUCA